AUGUUGAAGGGGAAAGUUCAAAGAGGUGCUGCUGAGUCUACUGUGGAAGUGCCCCCAAAGCAACUCAAGGGUGCGUCAAUUGCUCGUCCCCUCCUUCGGCCGAUCGCCAAUGCCGUUGUUCCUCUAGCCGCGAAUCAACCAGCAGUCGGCUUCGCCAUCAUGGCGUUCGCGGCUCAACACGGCGCCAUGACGGUGCCUGAUGAGUCCGUUGCUGAGAAUGCUCGCGAUAGGUGCUUACGUCUAAUCCAAACCCGCGCCCAAGAUAUGACGGCACGGCUUAUUAAGGGUGAUGACUUGAACGACCAUGGCGACGUGGUUGAUGCAGAAUGGAUGCUGGCUUCGAUUCUCAUCAUGUGCAACUACGAGAAUGCCCGUCGCCGCCUCCAAAUCGCCGAUGAUCACAGACGUGCGGCAAGGACGAUCGUCAACCUUUUCAAAUGCCAGAGCUCAAUCAACAACCGCGAUCUGUUUGCGUUCUUGCGAAAUCAACUAGCUAUAGAUGAUGUACUGGCAGCUACGACAUCGUGUGACCUGCCCCUCAUACGCAACGCCGUCACACCAGCACCUGGCUCAGAGCAUCUCCUGUUUUCGAGGUAUCUGACUUUCUUGCACCGCAUCACGCUCGUUUCGGCAGAUGCUGUUGAUUCUCACCCUUCAAUAUCGCACUUACGCAGCGGCCUGACGAUGCCUCUCAUCCAAUCCGAGUUUGAGCAGGCAAGAGGCGCCACGUUGAUGGCGGCCGGACGACUCGGACUGGCAGGAUCAAGCAUGUCUCUUGACUUCAUACGCUUAGUCGAGGUUUAUCAUAACGCGGGGCUACUUUACUCGUUAAGGUGCCUCGAUUACGCCACCGAGCACGCCUCGGAGCGCAUUGUGGCCGUUGCCAGUCUGUUCGACCAACUGACUGGAUUCGAAGACCUAGCUGCCUUCGUUCAGAAUCUAGCCUGGCCGACGUUCAUUGCCGGUACCGAAUGCCAUGGAGAUCGGCAACGACAAGAAAUCAUUGCGGGCUUGCUCAUGGAAAUUCAUGAGGGCACGCGUUUCAGUUAUUACUUGGACGCGGUGAACUUUCUCAAGGAGUUUUGGGCCGGCGAAGAUAACGACUGGCGUCCUCUCGCUCGUAUGAGAGAAGCCAUAGGGCAGCGAGUCCUUGUGGUAUGA